CCCUGCACAAGCCCAGGCCCCAAAUUCACCCCAUAGAUUGGGAUGAGAUCUAGGAGUUUGGGCUUCCAGGCUUGUCACCAACCCACUAAAUACAGCUCCCCCUCCAACCCUUGAUACAAUCUCCAGAACUUUUGGCCCUCUAAUUCUCCCACUCCACACACUUGAACAUAUCCCUUGAAUAGUUUCCAAAUGAAGGGUGUUGGUUUUAUUUGGUCUGCAUACGGGUUUUUAUGUAUUUCUCCAAUUCCCUCUCCCUCUUCUUCAUCCUCCUUGCCGGUCGCCUUUGGAGGAGGCGGAGACAUCACUUGGGUGGUUGCUGCAGACUUUCUUUUUUGGUCAUCGGUCCCCUCCCUGUUGCUUUCAGUCUCUCUCUCUCUCUGUCCCACCAGUACAGCCUGGGACAUCGUAGGAGGACUUGGUUGAGGCAGAUCAAGCGGCUGAAGUGGCGACACUUUCUCCAGUGUCAACCCAGCCCUUCCCCACGUUUUCUAGGCUCCGUGGACCAAGACGCGUUCAAAAAUUUGCCAAGGUUUGUGCUCUGCACCAGGUUUUAUCAUCUGGAGAGGAAGAUUCCAAUUAAGAACGGACAAUGGAUUAUUCUACUGUGGGGAAUGAAGAUUCUGCUCCCCAGUAUUUUGAACAUCCCCAUUUGCAAGCAAAUGAUGAUGCAGACCUAUUCUUUCCUGCUUCAGAGGGGGUUGAUGCGGGGGCCAUGCCCACCUACUUCUCUCGUAUGUCUGAAUCCUACAGACACUCUCCAGUGCGGCAGUUGUAUCCCAUCCUCAAUGGUUUGCAGUGGAUGGAUGGGCACCCUUACAGCACAGCAGCUUGGGCUUCCAGUUCUUCUGGAAAGCCCCACGCUGGACUCCCAAUCUACACCUCUGCUACGUCCUCAUAUCAGACCCUCCAAGCGCCUCCCUCGCCCAAGGACCUCAGCCCCGAUGACAAGGGGAGCCCCAGAUACCUGGAGAUGUUGAAGACGGAGCGGAUGAGCCCCACGCAUGCUGAACUGCUGCCUUUGGGAACCCCGACUGGAGCAGCUUACGCAAUGGGGCAGGACUUUGGAUACUUCCAGCCAUCUGGGAGCCCCCUGACAGCUGGGUAUUCCCCUAAACUACGGGGGGCAACACAGCUCUCUCCUACUGAGGCGCGAGAGUGCGUGAAUUGCGGAGCCACAGCCACGCCACUGUGGCGAAGGGACGGCACUGGUCACUACCUCUGUAACGCCUGUGGGCUCUACCACAAGAUGAACGGGCAGAACAGGCCUCUCAUCCGGCCAAAGAAACGUCUGAUUGUCAGCAAGCGAGCCGGGACCCAGUGCAGUAACUGCCAGACGACGACCACCACCCUCUGGCGCCGAAACGUGAACGGAGAACCCGUAUGCAAUGCCUGCGGUCUCUAUUUCAAGCUGCACAAUGUGAAUCGUCCCUUGGCAAUGCGCAAGGAUGGGAUCCAGACCCGGAACCGCAAGGUCUCUUCAGCCAAGUCCAAAAAGCGCAAGGGGAAUUCUGGGGAAGCUGCCAUGUCCACCCCAACCCCCCUGGAGUUGAUGCCAGCGCCUCUGAUGGGGGAAGAAGCAGCUGCCCUCUAUACUCUCAGCCCCAUGAUGUUACCAGGACAUUUGCUCCCUUUUGGACCCAAUCCACACCUUCUAGGCUCUCCACCAGGCUUUCCUCCACAGGCUUCUCCUGCCCCACAUGGCUCCCCUGGGGUUGUUUCUGCACUGGGGUAAAGAGCCCUAUAACCACACAACAACCCACGGCAUUCAUGUACAGUGACUCUGGGACCAAUAAGCAGGGAGGGCACAUCUCUCUUGAUAAUUUUUUGGAGCACGUGUAUUAACUGCUUGCAGCAUGGGUGCCUUGGAAGAACAGGAGAAAAGAAUAACAACAGGAGGGUGCUCUGAUCCCACAGCUCGUCAUCAGAGAAGACAUAUAUUAUGGGGUAGUUCCCCCAAGCAGUGGAUGAGGUGGUGAUAAAGCAGUUGAGCUCUUUUCCAGGCUGAAUGUGCCACUUCAUACCGCAGGUGAGAAAUGCUGGGGCCGAAUGCUUCCCCAUCAGGGAGCAGGUGGUGGGAACAUGUGCUGUCCAUGCAAAGGAACACAGGAUGCUGUCUCACACCGAGUCAGACCACUGGUCCAUCUAGCAUUUGCUACACUGACUGGCAGCAGCUUGCAAGGAUUCCAGCCAGAGGUCUUUUCUGGUCAUUCUGGAGGUGCUGGGGGUUGAACCCAGGACCUUCCGCAUGCAGGGUAUUUAUGUUACAUUUGGGCCAUGAAGAACCAACGGAAGGACAACCCUUCUCUCUGACAUCCACUGUUUCCUAUGCAUGGAAGAAGAUUUUUGUGCAGUCCCUCCACCUACUAAGCCAUAGACGGAAGCGAGCUACUGAUCCCUCCACCCAUCUGUAAAUUGCUGCUGUCCAACUAUCUCCAACCGCAUUCUCUUCCUUGCCUAUUUGGCUAAGCAUGCCCAGCUCAUUUGCGUACCUUACAUACAGUACUCCAGGAGUAUCUACACCUGCUUUUCUGCUCUCAUAGCUAUGUUUCCCCGUGGAAUAAUUCGGAUGAGUGCUCUGUGUGUGGUCGAAUGCAUCCCCUGCAGCCUGGAUUGCAUGACAACAAGAAGUUCAUAAUGAGCACCUGUCCUCUGCACCUCCACCCCUGCCAGACUGGUGAAUUGGCCCAUCAUAAGCAAAGCACAUACUUUUGCACAGUGCCUCCCUUCUUGUCUUAGGGAAGAACAUGUACAAAUGCAAAAAGAAACCCAGUUUUAUGCUUGUGAGAAAUAGUGCUUCCGCUCACCCUAUUGUCAUGUAUAUGGUAAAGUGGCCCUGCCUUUUUAAGUCAGUCACCAAGCUUAAGUCAGUCACCCAUCCUGAAUCCUCCCUAUGUUCCUGUAUAUCUGCCUGCAAUGCAAGUGGCAAUCCUAAUAGUCAUUCCCCAAGAGUGGCUAUCAGUAGAGAUUUGGGAAAAAGUUGUUCCGUGUACAUCUCAGCUGCUCGCUACUGCUUGCCUGUUGUGGGACACAGAGUUUUGUUUUGGGACUCCUUUGCCUUGGGGAACACUGCACUCGGGCACGCCACUCCCACCUGCAGUGUUGUUCAAUCCAGGGAAAAAAACACUUUCCACUCGUUUCUGCUGACUGUCUAAACCGGCCCGUUAAAAAUUAGUUGCUGGGCAGGGCAGUUUGUACAUUUGUACCGGAGUGAAGCGACUUUUGUCCUGAACGAUCUACUGAAAAACAGGGGAACAUCCAUCAAUGUCUUUCAAUUUACAAAGCAAACAUGCACACUCAGGAUCUCUUUAACAGUUAAGGCAUAACUAAUCUGCUUUAUUGUCGGGGACGCGGGUGGCGCUGUGGGUAAAACCUCAGCGCCUAGGACUUGCCGAUCGCAUGGUCGGCGGUUCGAAUCCCCGCGGCGGGGUGAGCUCCCGUCUUCGGUCCCAGCUCCUGCCCACCUAGCAGUUCGAAAGCACCCUUAAGUGCAAGUAGAUAAAUUGGUAGCGCUUUAUAGCGGGAAGGUAACGGCGUUUCCGUGCGCUGUGCUGGUGCUGGCUCACCAGAGCAGCUUCAUCACGCUGGCCACGUGACCCGGAAGUGUCUCCGGACAGCGCUGGUUCCCGGCCUCUUAAGUGAGAUGAGCGCACAACCCUAGAGUCAGACACGACUGGCCCGCACGGGCAGGGGUACCUUUACCUUUUAAUCUGCUUUAUUAUAUACUCCAUUUGUAACCCAAAGGGUUGGACCUGGAAUUAAUUCACCUCUGCCUGCUAUUGGCUCUGACUUCACCUCCUGUUGGCCUCUCUGCCUUGUGCCCUACCAUUCUCAGUGAGCAUCAGACCAGAGUCUACCUGGCUUAUCAUUAUUUUGAAAGGAUUCCAACUAUAAGCAGACGCUUAUAGUUGGAUAGCUGGGUGUGGACUAGGGAUUCUGUGGCCCUCCAGAUUUGGUUGGACUCCCAAUUCCCACUGGCACUGCCCAGCAUAGCCAAUCGUCAGGGAUUAUGGGAGUUAGAGUCGGGGGGGGCACAUGUUCCCUAUCCCUGCACUAGGCAGGCCACCCGAAGCCAUCUGGUGAUCUACAACUGGACUACCUUCCACCGACUCCUGUUCCAUCCUGGUAUCUCACCAUUCACCCAUCUUCUAAUGCAUGCAAGGAACUAAAUUUAUCCACACCUCAAAAUCCAUCCUGAAAUGCACUGGUCCAAAUCCGCUUCCCUGUACAGCUCCCAAACCCCCCAUUUCCAUGGGUAUAUUCAUUCCCAUCUCUAAAGCAUCACAAUAGGAGACAAAAAAAGAGGAGGGGAUACAUGCUGACCUUGAGCAGAGAUAACGCACCCUGUUGACUCUUCACUGGCUUUGUAAAUUUGCCACUGAGCUUCCAUUGAUACCCUGCUCUUUGGGGGUUUAAAUUUGUUUCAAAGCUGCAGAGGGGAAAAUAUAUAUACUAAUUUGUGUUAACAAACAAGAGGUGUGUGUGAGUUUUGUCUUCGGUAAGUUCCAGCUACGGCAUGGCUUGGGCUGCCCGGGAGGAGCUUCCACAGUAGAAUGCCAGCUUCUUCAAGUGCCUUCAGUAAUUUUUGUGCAAAAUUAAAUGGAUCAUGAAGACACAUGAUUCCUGUAAAAAGGAGUGGGGAGGUAGAGACAUGUUCAGCUCUCCUGACUAAACAUAGUCCACCAAGGGACAUAGUUUAUGCUGCAUACCUGCCCUUCAUUCAACGUGGACAGCUUACAACAAUAACAGGCAAAACACCAUAAUUGUAAUAAAGCAGUCUUAAAACCAACAAACUGGUUAAAAUAUGAAGCAGCAGUAAUAAUAACUGACUCUAGAACCACACCACGGAAAUAAUACCAUUUAGGGGCAAAAUAUACAUUACUUGUGCAGCAGCUACUUAUAAGAAAACAAACCAACCCAAGACCUCAUUCUCCUCUGAAAGCCACUUUUGGGUGAGGAAGAUUGACAUCAGUGAAGUGGUGGGAGGCUGCCCGGAUUGUGCCUAGUUGUACUCACAAAUACCAGCGUCCAAGAUCCCACUUUCCCCACAAUUUCACCAACAAGGAAAGCUGUUGAUUCUAGUAUCAAAGCUAAAAAUUUGAUAUCCUUCCAGGAAAAAACCACACAAGUUAAAUGUGAGUUGUAGGCAUUCAAAGUCUGAGUCCAGUAAAACCUUUAAAACUAAGGGCCCUCCUGAUGCCCCCUUUAUUAUGCACCCAUGAUUAUUUGUACUCAUGAUGCUGUUGGGGCACUCAUAUAUGACCCCUCUUUCAAUACUAUUGGCGCCUAUAAAGGUUUUGGGGUGGUUAGACUGCUUCACUUCCAAUCAGUGCAUAUCUUGUUACUUCCUGCUGAAAUUUCUCAUACUACAAACAUGGGGGUGGGCGGUGUUGCCCCACUUUUGUUGUGCUACAGUCUGUCUGGCCAGUGAUCCUGUGGCAGCACUGGGGAAGCAUUCUAGAACACCUAAUGAAGCAGAAUAAAUCCAUACUAAUGCAAUAUUAUUGUACUGAUAAUGUUUUGCAGAAUGCCGUCAUAAUGAAACACCAAUCUGGACCGACCCUGUUUUUUCCUAAAAGCACAACAAAACAAUUUGUAAGCUGUAGCCUACUUUUUCAGAUGCCAGACACCUCAGCCGAACUUCCAAAGUUCCAAAGCGUUUUGGAGAUUAUUAUAAAUAUUUACUUAUGGCGCUAUCAUUGCACAUGGAUAACAGAAGAAAGAAAGCAAGUCCCUGCCCCAAGGAGCUUACUUUCUAGUGCCUACAUUUUAGCAGUGGGCAGAGGUAAGGGGAGGGGGAGGUUAAUGAGAUAUAUGGGUAACAAAAGGAUGGGUCUGCACAAAUACAGUUAUGUGUACUUAAGCUAUUUUUCAGUUCAAGGUAAAGCUUCAUGAAGCAGGUGGAUUAUGAGAAGGAUAAAGACCAGCGAGGAGGGGAAAUGGGCAGAAGUGUUUAUGAGACAAGACUUGUAGGUAGCAGGUUGUGGUGGAAAUACUCUCCAUUGGUGUGGCUGGCCUGUGGUUGGACUGCAACUCCCAUUACCACUCACCACUG